GCAAGAGAGAAGCUCAUAGAAGGAAACCGCGAGAAAGAAUCAGAGAGGUGUGAGAGACAAGGACAACAAAGGGAGAGAGAGAAGGGAAUAAUGAAAUAGUGACAGAGAGAACAAGAAGAGGGAGAUUCAGGGGGAACACGAGAAUCAAGACGGGAUGAUAGGGGCAAGGAGAUAAAGUAACAAAGAGAUAGGGAGAAAGACAAAGAACAAGGAAUGGGGGGGACACAGAGGUGGGAUUGAGAAACAAAGGUUUUCAAAAGACAGAAAGGAGGGCAUGAAAUUGGGGUGCAGAUAAUGUCAGAGAGAGACAGAGCAUCAACACACAGAAUGUCGGCUUCCCCACACACUGGGGUUACUCUGAUUAAGGGGGAGAGUAAGGAUGUGCCAGGCAGACGAGGAGGAGGAGGGCAGGUAGUGCACUGGGGGUGGAGUAUUGCUGGAGUUGGCUGUUACAGAAAAUGCCAUCUGAAGAUGAGAAGGAGCCAGCUGAGCCGACAGGCAGCUACGCAUCCUGCCCAAGGUCAGUGGGACACAGGCAGUACCACUAGAGGGAGACCCCAGAACAGCCUACGGGAAUCCCCCAUCCCCUAGGUAUCGCUACGGACCAAGCAAUAACAGCCAUAUCAAAUGUGUCAAGUCUAGCGGUGACAUCCCUAGUGGAGACGACCUGGAAAGCCCACAGUGGAGAUUACCAGCGAUACUCACUGUGCAGAUUACCUGCAAUGCUUGCCCGCCCAGAAUGUUUCUUCUCCAGAUGCUAAACCUUCUUGCUCCGCUUUAUUUCCUCUGCCUUCUCGCAGUUACUUUAAGCCUCCAGCUCUUCCUUUUCCUCCCAGAUAUGUGUGAUGGGCGUUCAGAUUCGGUGCCUUUCUCUGGGCUCCUUCAUGGCUGCUUCUUCCUGUUCCUUCUGGUUAACACCCUGGGAAAUUAUGUCCUGGUGAUCUGGAAUAGUCCUGGUGCUGGUGGACUCAGCGCAGAGGUCGAGCUGCCCGAUAAAUCGGUCUGCAGGCUUUGUGCCAGAGUCUUGUGGGACCAGGAACAUCACUGCUUCUUCACCGGGACUUGCAUUAGCCGCAGCAACCUGCGCAGCUUUGUCCUGUUUUGCCUGCACUCCUGUCUGAGCUGUUUCCAUGCUUUGGUGAUGGGAGUGGGAUUUAUUUCAUCAAACUUCUCUCUAUCCUUCUGUGAUCCCCUGACUUUCCUCAGACUGCUUCCUCUGUCCAUCACACGCUUCUUCUCAGGAUCUCUCCUGAGCUCACACAUGCUUGUGGUUCUCAUGCUUUACCUCUGGUUUACAGUGGGUUUGGCCUGCGCGGCUUUCUGCGGCCACCAGCUUCUACGGAUUUCCAUGGGACCGACCUGCUACCAGCCCCAAACCGCAGAGCACAAUGUCAUGACUUGGACUGAGAACCUGCAGAAAGUUUUUGGGAAGCAGUGGUUACUGGCAAUUCUAAUGCCCCAGUCAAAGCCCAAAACUUGUCCUCCGUGAUUGCGCUUCUUCCCCAACAAUAAAGAAAAUCACGUAGAGGUUAAAUAUACUGGAGGAAAGCACCUUAUAUAGUCAACUGCUCCCUGGUCCAUUAAUUUCAGAAUCUAGUCACUGCUUUUUGCUGCUUCCCCAACUGCCUUUGGAUGGUAACCAGAUCACCUCACACCUACCUUUGCAGAAAAAAUCACAUGUUCUAUCACUACUAUUUCCUGAUAUUAGAUCCUCUUUUAAAAAUAAAGUUAUAGAAUAAGUAUUUUAAAUAUUCAACAAAUAUAUGUGUAGGGUGACUUGAAGAGGACACUAGCCACAAAGUAGAGUUUAGAGAAUGCACAAUAAGGAAAGGGUUCUAGGAUCGGAUUCCUACAUCAAUCGUAAAUCUAGAUAAAACACAGACCGAGUACGAAGCAGGCAAUUAAGUAGAUCUAGUUUCACUGCACACUGCUGGCUGAGUGCAGU